AGAGCAGCUUAAUUAGUCACGCAGUGUUCCAGUGAAAUGGACUGCGAACAAAUAACGUCAUACGAUAUCAAGAACUAUGAGUGCAAGAACUACGAGUACGAGAAACGCUGCGAGGAAUUCUACGACAAGAAUUACAGAGUCAAGUUCGACGACCAGCACCAGAGCAGUCUGAGCACGCCGUUCCUCGUCAAGGACAUACUGAACAUUAACCAGGCGCCGUACUACGAGAGGAAUGAUGCUUGGAAGGUUGAGCGUAGGAAUGAUUGUGAACCGCUGCAUCAGAGCCAGUACUGCCAGGAGUACUUCAGCCAAAUGUACCCCAACAUACCCAUAAACACCGAGCCGUACUGGUCACAGGAGGUGCACGAUACUAAAAUAGAGGACUACUACAACUACAACUACAACUACAAUCAUAAUUUAUAUCAUCAGAAUCAUGACUAUUCUGAAUUAACUCCGCAAGUGGAAGUCCAGGGGAAGUUUCAGAAUAUGGAAACAGAAUCUCAACCGCCGGGAACCGGAGUGAAGGUCGUGGAGAAGACGAUACAACAGCUCGGGACAGAGACAACGGCUUACACGCAAACACUACCGAAAUAUCCAGCCAUCGCUAGAAAACAAACGAAGCAAUGUAAACCGGAUCGUAAAGAGAGGAAUGUGAAAAGAAAACCAAGGAUCUUGUUCUCCCAAACACAAGUCCACGCGUUGGAAGUGAGGUUCAUAGCGCAGAAAUACCUCACAGCACCGGAGAGAGAACAACUCGCGAAGACAUUAAACCUAUCCCCGACUCAGGUGAAAAUAUGGUUCCAGAAUCGAAGGUACAAGAGCAAACGAAUUAAAUCACCGGAAGUGUCGACAUCAACGGACGCUAAACCGAUGAAAAACAUCGGCCGGAAGUUGUACAGAACUGAAAACAGAGAUUUGAGAUACGAAACAUACAAGCAGGAGAGCGAGAGUUUGGAAAGUGAAUUAACAUCGACCAUGUACUUCGACGACAGCAUCACGUACGGCAGCGAAAAAUAUUACGCACAAGAAGACGUCUCCGGCACAAUGUAUUCGAAAUUCAAAACUGAAGGCUACAAAGAAAACGAAAUAAAAAAGUUCAAUCCAAACUAUAUAUGUUGAUAGAUUAAAAUAGACUGAACCAAAGAGUAUUAUUUUGUUAUAUAUUUUUUAAUUGUACGAUCGGAUGCAUGUCGCGGCAAGAAUAUUAUUUACUGUUUUUUUUUUUAAUAAAUAUAUAAGACUGACUUAAAAUUAUUUAAAU